CUCAAAACUAUCGGCCAUCUCUCUCCAUCUCCUCAAAAUAUAAAAUAAAAGUCUAAAAAACAAAGUCAAUGCCCCUUUAUUAUUAAAAUUGCUGACAGAUAGAAUGACGUAUAGGCAAUAAUUUUAAGGAAAUAAGAAUAGUUCUUUUGAGCGAGCAUUGACUGUGUGUGAUUGAAGAGAUGUGUAAACUUUUGGUCAAUUACACAUCCAUAUUCUACGCGUCGAAGGAAGAAUAUAUAUAGAGAGUAGAUAGAGACUCGUCACUCGCAGCAUCACUGCAAAGAAAGCAAAAUAAGAAGAAUGGAAUUAGAGGGUCAAUCAAUCCUAGUCGUCUAUAUUCCGCUCCUAUUCGCCCUUUACAUCUUCACCACCCAAUUUAUCCGCAAACUGAGAAAUCUCCCUCCAUCCCCAAUUCUCGACCUACCCUUCAUCGGUCACCUCUACCUCCUCAAAAAGCCCCUUUACCGAUCCUUAGCUCAAAUCUCCCACCGCUAUGGCCCCGUCACCCUCCUCAACUUCGGCUCCCGCCCCGUUCUCGUCGUCUCUUCCCCCUCCGCCGCCGAGGACUGCCUCUCCAGAAACGAUGUCGUCUUCGCCAACCGUCCCCGCCUGCUCGCCGGCAAACACCUCGGCUACAACUACACCUCUCUCGUCUGGUCCUCCUACGGCGACCACUGGCGGAACCUGCGCAGGAUUUCCUCGAUCGAGAUCCUCUCCGGCCACAAGCUCCAGUCGCUUCACGAGAUCCGGGUCGACGAGCUCAGAUCCACGAUCCGGGCCCUGAGCGCUCGGGCCCCUGGAUCGGCGGUCGACAUGAAGACCGCCUUCUUCGAGCUGACCAUGAACGUGGUGAUGAGGAUGAUCGCCGGGAAGAGAUACUAUGGGGAGAACGUGGAGGACGCCGAGGAGGCGCGGCAGUUCAGGGAGAUCGCGAAGGAGUCGCUGAGGGUGUCGACGUCGAGCACGGGGGAUUUUCUGCCGGUGGUGCGGUGGCUGGGGUUGGGCGGCGGCGAGAAGGAGAUGAUUGAGUUGCAGGCAAAGAGGGACGGUUUUAUGCAGGGAUUGGUGGAAGAAGGGAGGAGAAGGUCCGCCGGCGGUGGGAAGCCCAAAACUAUGAUUGAGAUGCUGUUGGCGUUGCAGGAAUCGGAGCCCCAAUAUUAUACAGAUGCUAUGAUUAGAAGCUUAAUGCUGACUUCAAAAACGAAAAUGUACUGGUUUUUUGUCAGUUCGACUUCUGAUGUUCUGGAUCGGACGGGUCCAUGUGAAGUAAUUGACAAGAAAGGUAGAAAAGAUUUAGAUAAUAAUCUGUUAAUAGCCGGUACAGACACAUCAGCCGGGACACUAGAGUGGGCACUGUCCCUCCUCCUCAACCACCCGCACGCCCUGAAGAAGGCCCAAGCCGAAAUCGACGCCCAAGUCGGUAACGAGCGUUUAAUCGAGGAGGCAGACAUGAGCAACCUCCCUUACCUACGCUGCAUUAUCAACGAAACCCUACGCAUGUACCCUGCAGGCCCACUUCUCAUCCCUCACCAGUCCUCCCACCCAUGCGCUGUCGGGGGCCACCAUGUCCCCGCAGGCACCAUGCUUCUUGUCAACGUGUGGGCCAUACACAACGACCCCGCCAACUGGGACGAGCCCAGAGAGUUCAGGCCCGAGAGGUUCGAGGGGGUGGACGGGUACAGAGAUGGGUUCAGGUUCAUGCCGUUUGGCUCCGGGAGGAGGGGCUGCCCAGGGGAGAACCUGGCCGUGCGUGUGGUGGGCUCUGCUCUGGGGGCUCUCGUUCAGUGCUUCGAUUGGGAAAGGGUUGGGAAGGAGCUGGUGGAUAUGGAUGAAGGUAUUGGGUUGUCGAUGCCCAAGGCCAACCCCUUGAUGGCUUGUUGCAAACCUCGCUCUGUGGUAGCCAACCUUCUGUCUCAGAUAUCAUGAUCAAUUCAUUCAGCAGCAAUGGAGAUAAACAAUUGAUGUUGUAUCAUAUAAUAAUAAUAAUAAUAAUAAU